AUGCUCUCCAAACAUGCGCUGAGGCGUGUGCCCUAUGCUGUGCGUGGGUCCAGAUUUCGCUCCGUGGGUCCUCAGCUGCUGCACCGUACACUGGCUACCCUGGCUGUUCCGCCUUCGCCCAACGACCCUUUUGCUAAUGGGACGAACGCAUACUACGUGGAAGAAAUGUUCAGGCAUUGGAGGGAGGAUCCGAAGUCGGUGCACGUAUCCUGGGAUGUGUACUUUUCCGGCAUGGAAAAUGGGCUGCCGAGCUCUCAAGCCUUUCAACCGCCUCCAAACCUUGUCCCAGCUCCCGCCGACGGAGCACCUGCCUUACAUGCUGCUGGCGGUGCCGAACUUGACGAUCAUCUGAAGGUACAACUACUCGUUCGAGCAUACCAAGUACGUGGGCACCAUGUCGCCGACUUGGAUCCUCUGGGAAUCCUUGACGCCGACCUCAAUGAUGUUCAUCCGCCCGAGCUGGAACUGAGUCGUUAUGGCUUCACGGAGCGUGAUCUGGAAAAGCAAAUUGCACUGGGGCCGGGAAUCCUGCCACAUUUCGCUACUGAGGAUCGCAAAACCAUGUCGUUGGGAGAGAUCAUAAAGCUCUGCAAGCGUAUCUAUUGCGGUGCGAUUGGUAUACAGUACAUCCACAUCCCAGACAAGGAGCAGUGUGACUGGAUCCGCGAGCGGAUAGAGAUCCCAAAGCCGUGGAAUUACACGGUGGAAGAAAAACGCAUGGUCCUCGAUCGUCUCAUAUGGUCCGAGUCGUUUGAGAAGUUCAUGGCAAGCAAAUAUCCGAACGAGAAGCGCUUCGGUUUGGAGGGGUGCGAGGCAUUGAUUCCGGGCAUGAAAGCUCUCAUUGAUCGCUCCGUCGAGCACGGCGUCAAGCAUGUCACCAUUGGCAUGCCGCAUCGUGGACGUCUCAAUGUACUGGCGAACGUCGUUCGGAAACCAAUAGAAGCAAUUUUGAACGAGUUUUCUGGGACCGCUGAUGACGAUGACUCUCCUGCUGGUGACGUUAAGUACCAUCUGGGUGCGAAUUACGUCCGUCCCACUCCAUCUGGAAAGAAGGUCUCCCUAUCCCUUGUCGCCAAUCCUUCACAUCUUGAGGCCGAGGAUCCUGUGGUGCUCGGCAAGACCAGAGCGCUCCAGCAUUUCGAGCAGGAUGAGGCGACACAUGUCACUGCCAUGGGUGUCCUUCUCCACGGUGAUGCCGCCUUUGCAGGUCAAGGUGUGGUGUACGAGACCACCGGUUUCCAUAACCUCCCGAACUACGGUACCGGCGGUACGAUUCACCUCAUCGUCAACAACCAGAUCGGUUUCACCACAGAUCCUCGUUUUGCACGCUCCACACCAUAUCCCUCUGACAUAGCGAAAGCUAUCGAUGCGCCGAUCUUCCAUGUCAACGGUGACAACGUGGAAGCUCUGAAUUUCGUCUGCCAGCUGGCUGCUGACUGGCGAGCGAAAUGGAAGAAAGAUGUUGUUGUGGAUAUAGUAUGCUACCGUCGCCAUGGUCACAACGAGACCGAUCAACCAAGCUUCACUCAGCCACGCAUGUACAAAGCUAUUGAGAAGCAGCCUACUCCACUUACACAGUACACCAAGUUCUUGGUGGGCCGGGGAACAUUCACGGAAAAAGACAUUGAGGAACACAAGAAGUGGGUAUGGGGCAUGCUGGAGAAAGCUGCUAGCGGGGCAAAAGACUACGUUCCUACCAGCAAGGAGUGGCUUUCGGCGUCGUGGCAGGGUUUCCCAUCUCCGAAGCAGUUGGCUGAAGAGAAUCUGCCAACGCGCCCGACUGGAACCACAGAAGAGGUGCUCAAGCGUAUAGGUCACGUCAUUUCCUCGUUCCCCGAUGGCUUUACACCACAUAAGAAUCUGGCUCGUAUCUUGAGCAAUCGCGGCAAAUCGGUUGAGGAAGGUCGUAACAUCGAUUGGGCUACAGCGGAGGCGCUUGCGUUCGGUUCGCUGGCCUUGGAGAAGAUUCAUAUCCGAGUUUCUGGUCAGGACGUAGAGCGAGGCACGUUUUCGCAGCGGCAUGCCGUUGUCCACGAUCAGGAGAACGAACAACAAUACGUCCCUCUGAAUGACUUGGGAUCUAAUCAGGCACGCUUCGUCGUCUGUAAUUCCUCGUUGUCCGAGUUUGGCGCUUUAGGUUUCGAGCUCGGCUACUCCCUCGUUUCUCCUGAUGCGUUGACGAUCUGGGAGGCUCAGUUUGGCGACUUUGCAAACAAUGCACAGUGCAUUAUUGACCAGUUCAUCGCAUCAGGCGAGAGGAAAUGGUUACAACGCACCGGCCUGGUCAUGAGUCUGCCGCAUGGAUUUGACGGUCAGGGACCUGAACAUUCGAGUGGAAGGUUAGAACGCUUCUUACAAUUAUGCGAUGAUCAUCCGCACGUAUAUCCCACCCCAGAGAAGAUUGAGAGGCAGCAUCAAGAUUGCAACAUGCAGAUUGUGUACCCUACAACUCCUGCGAACUAUUUCCAUGUUCUUCGCCGGCAAAUCCAUAGAGAUUUCCGCAAGCCUCUGGUGGUUUUCUUCUCAAAAUCUCUACUCCGCCAUCCCAAGGCUCGAUCUGACCUCUCGGAAAUGGUUGGCGAGACGCAGUUCCAGCGCUACUUACCCGAUCCUCAUCCCGAAUGCUUGGUCAGUCCUGAACAAAUCAGACGGCAUAUUCUAUGUACCGGCCAAGUCUACCAUACACUCCUGCAAGAACGCGACGACAAGAACAUUAGCGACGUUGCGAUAAGUCGCUUGGAACAGAUCUCUCCAUUCCCCUACGAUCUGCUUACUCCUCAUCUGGAUAAGUACCCAAAUGCUGACAUUUUGUGGUGCCAAGAGGAGCCACUGAACAACGGUGCUUGGACAUACGCUGGGCCUCGCAUCCUGACCGCCGCCAACGAGACGCAGCAUCACAAGGGUAAAUAUCCUUUAUAUGCCGGUCGUGACCCAAGCAGCUCGGUCGCUACGGGGAGCAAGGCAAUGCACAAAAAGCAGAUCGAAUUGUUCCUAGCCACAGCAUUUACAUCGUAA